GUGCGUCAUCACUCAGCGCCCGCGCCGGCGCCCCACGCUGUGCAUGGCCUCCACGCUCCCCCGGCGCCCCAGGAGGACCUAAGGUUCUGAUGCUCGUGAGCCCUGUAGGGAGCGGGUCCUGGACAAAAACUCGGGCCGCAGCUUUUCGGCGUCGCCAUGCAGGUCUCCAGCCUCAACGAGGUGAAGAUUUACAGCCUCAGCUGUGGCAAGUCCCUUCCCGAGUGGCUUUCUGACAGGAAGAAGAGAGCCCUACAGAAGAAAGAUGUUGAUGUCCGUAGGAGGAUCGAACUCAUUCAAGAUUUUGAAAUGCCUACUGUUUGUACCACUAUAAAGGUGUCAAAAGACGGACAGUAUAUUUUAGCAACUGGAACGUAUAAACCUCGCGUUCGAUGUUAUGACACCUAUCAGUUAUCCUUGAAGUUCGAAAGAUGUUUAGAUUCAGAGGUUGUCACCUUUGAAACUUUGUCUGAUGACUAUUCAAAGAUUGUCUUCCUACAUAACGAUAGAUAUAUUGAAUUUCAUUCCCAAUCGGGUUUCUACUACAAAACCAGAAUACCAAAGUUUGGGCGCGAUUUCUCGUACCAUUAUCCAUCCUGCGACCUGUACUUUGUCGGUGCAAGCUCUGAAGUUUACCGAUUAAACUUGGAGCAGGGACGGUACCUGAAUCCUCUGCAGACUGAUGCUGCGGAGAAUAAUGUUUGUGACAUAAAUUCAGCGCACGGCUUGUUUGCCACGGGAACAAUAGAGGGCCGAGUCGAGUGCUGGGACCCGAGGACGCGAGGCAGAGUUGGCCUGUUGGAUUGUGCCUUAAGUAGCGUCACGGCUGAUUCAGAGAUAAACAGUUUACCAACAAUCUCUGCUCUGAAAUUUAAUGGUGCCUUGACCAUGGCAGUUGGAACAUCCACGGGGCAGGUUUUGUUGUAUGAUCUUCGAUCUGAUAAACCAUUGCUAGUUAAGGAUCACCAAUAUGGGCUGCCCAUUAAAUCAGUUCAUUUCCAAGAUUCAUUAGAUUUGAUUUUGUCUGCCGACUCACGGAUUAUCAAAAUGUGGAAUAAGAACUCAGGAAAAAUAUUUACUUCCUUGGAGCCAGAACAUGACAUUAAUGAUGUCUGCCUCUAUCCCAACUCAGGGAUGCUUCUCACUGCCAACGAAUCUCCCAAGAUGGGCAUCUAUUACAUUCCGGUUCUGGGUCCUGCUCCCAGAUGGUGCUCCUUCUUAGACAACUUGACGGAAGAAUUAGAAGAGAAUCCAGAAAGCACGGUUUAUGAUGACUACAAAUUUGUCACCAAGAAAGACCUUGAAAAUUUAGGGCUCACGCAUCUCAUUGGGUCACCGUUUCUCCGCGCAUACAUGCAUGGAUUUUUCAUGGACAUAAGACUCUAUCACAAGGUGAAGUUGAUGGUAAAUCCAUUUGCUUAUGAAGAAUAUAGGAAAGAUAAGAUCCGGCAGAAGAUAGAAGAAACACGAGCCCAGAGAGUCCAGUUAAAGAAAUUGCCAAAAGUUAACAAAGAGCUGGCACUUAAAUUAAUUGAAGAAGAGGAGGAGAAGCAAAAAUCUACAUGGAAAAAGAAAGCUAAGAGCCUUCCUAACAUUCUCACGGAUGAUCGAUUUAAAGUGAUGUUCGAGAACCCUGACUUCCAAGUUGAUGAAGAGAGCGAAGAAUUUCGGCUUCUGAAUCCACUUGUUUCCAAAAUCAGUGAAAAAAGGAAGAAGAAACUCAGACUCUUAGAGCAACAGGAACUUCCUGAAAAAGAAGAGGAGGAAGAGCCGGAAGGAAAACCAAGCGAUGCGGAAAGCUCCGAGAGCUCAGAUGAUGAAAAAGACUGGGUGGCAGAGGUCAGGAAGCAGCGCCGGCUCCUGCAGCAGGAGGAAAAGCGGAAGCGGCAGGAGCAACGCAGGGAGGACCAGCAGACCGUCCUCAAACCCCAGUUUUACGAGAUCAAAGCAGGCGAAGAAUUCAGAAGCUUCCAAGAUUCCGCCACAAAGCAGAAGCUGAUGAAUAAAACCCUUGAAGAUCGGUUGAAACUCGAAGCAAAACACGGGACUUUGAGUGUGUCCGACACCACAGUUGGCAGCAAACAGUUGACGUUUACAUUAAAGAAGUCUGAACAGCAGAAGAAGCAGCAGGAGGCCGAGAAGCUGCACCGGCAAGAGAGGAAGCGCCUCCGUCGCUCAGCCGGGCACCUCAAGUCCCGGCCCAGGAGAGGGCGGCCCUUCCACUGAGUCUGGGAACCGGCCCACGCGAGGCAGGGGGAGCGUCUCCCCGACGUGGGCAUCACUCGGGUGUAUGUGGGGGCUGGGGCUGUGCGUUUCCGAUUCCCGUGAUGCAGAGGGGGGGGCUGGCAGCAGGUGUCCGGCCUCUGGUCAACUGUGAGGCUGGGGGCGCUUCUGUGCUUUGGUCCCCGGAGCACAUCAGCCUUCCCUGGUUUUAAUCAAGGAAGCCAGGCGGCGGCUCCACACUGUUAGGAACCGUCCUGGGCUGAAAACCAGGGCCGAUGGUCUCCCAGAAACGGACUUUUCUGCCCUGCCUGCCGCCGCUCCCUCCCACCUGCCUGUGGGCAUCAGCCGUGUCUGCGUUUACAAGGACAAGCUGGAGGCCUGAUGCUUGUUUCUGUAUUAGUUUUGGAUUUUUAACAAAAUAUUUUUAUACCAAGAGAUUAUAAAUGAAUGGUAAUAACAAGGUAUAAUAAGAAGUGGAAGCUCCUGGAUAUUCGUUUAACUUGGCACAAGAUUAAAUACAAAUUUUUUUUUUUCUGUUCCUGAAGUACGAUUAGAGAUACUCUGGCUGAAGAAAACGUUUUAUAUAAAUAAAUGCUUUCAUUCGAAUAGC